AAAGGCCUUAGAGUUUUCCAUCCUCUUCCAUUCUCUAAAAGGCUACAAAUCAUCAUCUCUAUUUCAGCAGCAACUUUACAGUUCAAAAUUUGUCUGUCACUAGCAGCUAGCAGCAGGGUCUGGAUCCUUCCUUCAUUCCUUGUAGCAAAAUUUGAUAAUGGGAAAGUUCAAGAACAGCUAUCUGGCUAUGAAGACGGAUUCGACAUCCAGUGAUUUAAUCUCCUCUGAUCUCCAAGAUCUGGGACACGCCGCUAAGAAGUUCGCCAAUCAUGCCGUCCAGCUCGCUCUAGGGUCUAGUCUUGGCACUAUCUUACUUCAAUGGAUCGCUUCCUUCGCUGCCGUAUAUCUGUUGAUAUUGGAUCGAACCAACUGGAAGACUAACAUCCUUACAUCACUUCUAAUCCCUUACAUUUUCUUCAGUUGUCCAUCCCUAAUCUUCGAUUUUCUCCGGGGAGACGUUGGAAAGUGGGUUGCAUUCAUUGCUGUGGUGUUGCGUCUUUUCUUUCCCCACCGUUUUCCAAAUUGGCUAGAAUUGCCCGGGGCUUUGAUUCUGCUGAUCGUGGUGGCUCCAAGCUUGUUUGCAUAUUACGCUCGGGAUAACCUCAUCGGUGUGGGAGUUUGUCUAGUCAUCGGUUGUUACCUUCUUCAGGAACACAUUAGAGCAUCUGGGGGAUUCAGAAAUUCAUUUACUAGGGCUAAUGGGAUAUCCAACUCCAUGGGGAUCAUCGUCAUCUUGGUUUAUCCAGUCUGGGCUCUCAUUGUUGACCUCAUAUGAUUUAAUAUUAUCUUCAUUUUCAUUUCAUAUCACUGGCGGCGUCCUCAGUCUCUGUGUUGUUUGUGUCAUGUAAGGAGCAGGAAGAUGAUUGAUUUUAUUAUUAGCAGCCUUUGUUCAUUGAAUAAUAACCACCACCCCCACCCUGUUUUUAUUAUAUGAUCGAUCGAUCGAUCAAUCGUGCAAUUUGUAUGUAUGUGUAUCCUUUGUGGAUUGAAUGAAGAACAAGAAUCAUCAUUUAUCAUUCUAAAUUGGUCUUUUAUUUUGCUCUCUCUGGAUA